UGCCGACGACGAAGCAAUUCAAAGUGUUUCCUGCAUAUUUAGCUAGCUCGAUUGUUUGUUUGUUGGUUGCAAGAGGAAUCGUCGAUCGAUGGACACGGCGUGGCGCGGCGGCGGCCGCUCACCGGUGUGCCUCGACCUCUGCGUCGGGCUGUCGCCGGUGCGGGAGACGUCAGCGGCGAGGCAUGAGCUGCUCGACAGGCCGACGGCCGGCUGCGGCGGCGGUGGGGAUGCCAGGAGGUUGGCCGAUGAUGAGGCGAAGAUCCUGGAGGCGAAGGUCACCCAGAUGAGCGAGGAGAACCGGCGGCUGACCGAGGUGAUCACCCGUCUGUACGGCAGCCACGUCGCGCGCCUAGGCCUCGACGACGCGGCCUCGCCGCAGCGGCGGCCGGUGUCGCCGCUGUCGAGCAGGAAGAGGGGGAGGGAGAGCAUGGAGACGGCGAAUUCUUGUGACGGCAACGGCAACGGGCAGAAGAGCGGCGCCGCGGCCGAGGCCGACCACGCCGAGAGCUUCGCCAUGGACGACGGCACGUGCCGGAGGAUCAAGGUCAGCCGGGUGUGCCGACGGAUCGACCCGUCGGACGCCACCCUGGUCGUGAAGGACGGGUACCAAUGGCGGAAGUACGGGCAGAAGGUGACGCGCGACAACCCGUCGCCGAGGGCGUACUUCCGGUGCGCCUUCGCGCCGUCGUGCCCGGUGAAGAAGAAGGUGCAGCGCAGCGCGGAGGACAGCUCGCUGCUGGUGGCGACGUACGAGGGCGAGCACAACCACCCGCUCCCGUCGCGGCCCGGCGAGCUGGCGGCGGUGGGGAGCGCCGGCUCGCUGCCGUGCUCCAUCUCCAUCAACUCCUCCGGCCCGACCAUCACGCUCGACCUCACCAAGAACGGCGGAGCCGUGCAGGUGGUCGAGGCGGCGGAGGGGGCGGCGCACCCGCCGCCGCCGCCGCAGGACCUCAAGGAGGUGUGCCUGGAGGUCGCGUCGCCGGAGUUCAGGAGCGCGCUGGUGGAGCAGAUGGCCAGCGCGCUCACCAGCGACCCCAAGUUCACCGGCGCGCUCGCCGCGGCGAUCCUCCAGAAGCUGCCUGAUUUCUAACCUUGUACACGAUCUUUCUUGCAGAAAAUUAGCGCAUUUCGAUAGUGAUUAGGGCUGAAUUUCCCCCCAAAUUUGAGAAUUUUACCGCGUAAAAGAGUUCGAAUACCUGGUGCUGUUCGAGGAUGUGAAUUGUAAUAAAUAUGGUUACUGGGCCUCACGCAAAAGAAGCUGGCCUUCUACAGGACCACACGGCCCACGGGCUCUUCUGUCU